AUGCUGGGCCACUGCACCCUUCUGGUGCUCCUGGCGCUGCUCGCCCUGGCCCAGCAGCACAGCCCCAGGGACCAGGGCACUGCCCUCACCCUCACUGCAUCUCCUCACCAGGCCCUGCAGGAACAUUGGACCCCCACUGCCCCACCUGCCCCCCCCAAAGUGGGUGAGUGCCCAGUGGGGGCAAGCGGAGCCCCUUGGCCCCCCGGACUGUACUGCCUCUCCGACCAUGGCUGCCCUGGUGCUGAGAAGUGCUGCCAGAACGGGAAGGUCUGGACCUGCCUCCUGCCCACCACAGAGAGCCCGGGCUACUGCCCCCGUGCUGGCAGUGCCAUUGGGCCAAGCUGUGGGAUGAGAUGUCACAACGACACCACAUGCCACUCGGGGCAGAAGUGCUGCACCCGCGGCUGCUGCACUCGCUGCGUGCUUGCUGAGCCAGCCAAACCUGGGUUCUGCCCAUGGAAGCGUGCCCAGAGGAGAGCUGCUGCCUGCCCCAACCGCUGCACCGAUGACCGGGACUGCCCUGGGGAGCACAAGUGCUGCUUCUCUGGCUGUGGGUUGGCCUGCACCCCUCCAGACACAGGGAGCCACCGUGCCGCAGCGAAGCCCGGCGUGUGCCCCAUGGUGCUGCGGGGCUCCUUGGGGCCCUGCCUGGAGCGGUGUGACACUGACAGUGACUGCACUGGGGACGACAAGUGCUGCACCACUGGCUGUGGUCACAUCUGCAAACCACCCACCAAGGGUAAACCAUCGGCACACUGUGGGGCCAAGACCCCUGUGCCCCCUCCCUACCUGUCACCGUGACCCUCCGGGGGGCAAUGGGAAGCUGGGGACUGAGCUGCUGUCCAAUGGGGCAGGAGCUCAGUGAGGAGCUCACCCUGCAGGCAGGGCAGCUCCUCCACCCUGGAGGGGUGCCCUGAGCCCCUCACCCCUUUCUCUCUCCACAUGUGCCAGCAUGGCCAGGUCUCUGUCCCCCUGCAGCAGAGGGUGAUCAGGCUGCCUCCUCCUGUGCCUGCAGGACAAGGACUGUCCCCUUGGCCAGAAGUGCUGCCUGCAGGGCU